AUGGACAGCACCACAGGCACGAUCUCCCACAUGUCCGGCCGGUCGAAACCCACGGAGGCCUUCUCUUUUGAGUGCGAGGUCACCGCCCACCAAGCAGCCGGUGUGAUGCUUGCAAGCAGCGUGACGGUAGCCGCCGACCUCCUCAGCUACAGUUCGGCCACGCUGCUUUUCCAUGCCCAUGGCUCCGAGGCGCCCCUGACAACCGGCACCGGUUGGUCCAACUUCGAGUUGGGCUGUGCUCCGGAGGUAGCGUGGCUGACCGUGAGCGCCGCCACGGGCGUCCUCAGCUACGUGGACCAGGGGUCGAAGGCCGGCGGCAUCUCCGCGGUCGAUGACAAGUUUUACUCCCAGGAUGGGGCUGUUUGUGCUGUCACCGCUUGGCAGGGCCACAAGAAGCACCAGGUAUCCUUUGUGGCGAUUCGACCUCGGCCGUGGUCAACGCUCGAGUAUGACUUCAGUGCCGUGGCUGUGACCAUGGGAGAAGAGUUGCACCCUUUCGCCCCGAAGCCUCACACACAGCAAGGCCUUAUGAAGCCGUGGGCGUACAACAUGGCCUGCGGCGUCAGCGGCGCCGGCAGCCAGACGAAGUUCUCCUUCGACCGCGUGCUGAGCAUGGGCCUCUUGGCCGGACACCCAGUGGUGGAGAUCUCCAUGGAGGGAGAGAUUACUGUGGCCCCAGCGGUGUCCUUGGGCGAGCUCUUUGAUGCCAUCGUGGCCUCCGGAUCUGCCGGGAAGGCCUCGCUGGUCCUUUUUUGCUUGUGGGCCCUCCAUGAGACUGCGAUUACGCGAGUAAGGAAACUGAACACUUUGACGAUAUCUGUAGGCUUUUGGCUUGCAGCAAAAUCUUUUUUGGCUGGCGCGAUGUCUCGUGAUUGGAUUCUAUGGGGUUCUACGUACAGGAGAGCUCCUGGGACUUCACAAGUCGCACGUCUCUUUCGCUGA